AUGAAUGAUGCAACCACUUCCCUGCUCACCGAGCAUUUCAGCUACACUCCAUUGUCGCUGAUUGACGACAUCAUCAACUCCAUCAACAAUCUGAUCUACCAGGCAAUCUCUAGCUUAGAGUCUGGUCUGAUUGCUACUCCGCCGGAGCGCCUAGGAUUUUCGCACGCCACGAAUGGCCCCACCAUCGCGGACACCGACGACGAUGGCAAUAUUGUUUACCCGGAAGCAAAACUCGAGCUGGAGAAUGGAUUGCACCAGUUAGAGACGCUUCUUGAAACCAAUGUCGAUAAGGCUUUCGAUAAGUUCGAGAUCUACGUACUUAGGAAUAUCCUUACUGUGCCGAGUGACUUGCUCCCCCAUGUGCGACUGAAGCAUUAUGAGGGUCUAUCUUUCAAUCCCACCCCCGAUACCCCCACACCAGAGACGAUUGCUGCCCAGCGCAAAAAGUUACUUGAGACGAGAAAGCUCAACCGUUCCUUGAAAGAAGAAUGCGCGCGCAAUACAGCUGUGAUUGCUCAGUUGAAUGCCAUUGUAUCGGCAGUCAAGACUGCGAAGAAUGGUGACGCGACCGGAGAAUCAAAGAGACCGCCGUUGGAUCUGUCCUUCUUGACGUCAAGUGCCGCUGCGCAACAUCUUCGUGUCGGGGUGGACACCGGUUCAAACACCCAACACACGCCGCUUACAACCCACACUACUUUUAUCAUUUCACAACUUCCAGCUCUGCAGGCAACACUCGAGAACCUUCGGCCGAGAUUGGCAUCUCUACCUGGCUCAAUGAAGGAGAUUCAGACUAAGACCAAGCGCGACGAGCGGAAAGAGUACAUUGAAGGCCGGAUUAGGCUACACCUGGAGCGAGCUGGGCAGCUUGCGAUGGGUGAUGAUGGAAAUCCAGUUGUUGCUGGUCGCCGGAUUGAUAUCUCUGAAGCUCAUGCGCUGGAAAGCGUGGCCAACAUGAUUACGCAAACCAGAUCUGCGUAG